AUGCGAGCACCUCAGCUACGACUUUUACGUUGGGCUUCCCCCAUCCGCCCUUCAUGGACCCGCAUACGAGAAGCAGGCCUCCAUGAAUCGCCGCUCCGGCGUCAUGUCUUAAUCUCCGCAACCCCAGCUUGCCGAAGCCUACCGCCACAGGCCAGAGCCUUCUCGCAGACUUGUUUUCGGCGAUUCAUGCUUGAUGCGGACUCCACCAUCUAUGCUCUGUCUACAGCCCCCGGAAGAGCCGCGAUUGCAGUGGUGCGGGUUUCCGGCCCAGCUUGUGUAUCGAUAUACAAUGCACUUUGUCCUCGUACCUCGCUCCCCAAAGCCCGUUUCGCGGCCCUCCGCACCCUCUACGACCCGACGCUCCCACCCUCCCCGAACACCAUCCUCGACGCCGGCGCCCUGGUGCUCUACUUUCCAGGCCCCAAAACCGUUACGGGCGAGGACGUGCUCGAAUUUCACAUCCACGGAGGACCUGCGAUUGUCAAGGCAGUGCUGGGCGCCGUCGCGCGCACGAACAGCCCAGCUACUGUCGUCCGCUACGCCGAGCCGGGCGAGUUCACGCGUCGCGCCUUCAUGAACGAUCGUCUGGGCCUGCCCCAGAUUGAAGCGCUAGGCGACACACUCUCUGCAGAUACGGAGCAACAGCGGCGUCUCGCGGUGCGGGGCGCCAGCGAUGCGCUGCUGCAGCGCUACGAGCUUUGGCGCCAGCAGCUGCUGUACGCGCGGGGAGAGCUGGAGGCGCUGAUUGAUUUCGCGGAAGAUCAGCAUUUUGACGAGUCGACAGACGAGCUGGUUUCGUCUGUCGCAACACAGGUGCGGGCGCUGAAGGUCCAAAUCGGGUUCCAUGUGCAGAACGCGUCGAAGGGCGAGUUGUUACGUAAUGGGAUUAAGGUUGCGCUGCUGGGGGCUCCGAAUGCGGGGAAGAGCUCGCUCAUGAAUCGGAUUGUCGGCAAGGAAGCGGCCAUUGUGAGCACCGAGGAGGGGACGACGCGAGACAUCGUUGACGUGGGCGUGGAUCUGGGCGGGUGGUAUUGCAAGCUUGGCGAUAUGGCGGGGAUCCGCGCCGAGGCUGGCGGGACGGUGGUCAUUGGAGCCGUCGAGCAAGAAGGUAUUCGUCGAGCCCGAGCUCGAGCUCUGGAAUCGGAUGUGGUCAUUGUGGUAGUGUCGCUGGAGGAUUCUGCGGAAGGGGUUCGUUUAUUUGUAGAGCCGGAGGUUCUUGACGCUGUCAAUGACUGUGCAAAAGCCGAGAAAUGUUUGGUCGUCGUCGUCAACAAAUGCGACAAACUUUCCGCGGACGAGAGAACUGAAAGCUUGCCGCCGUCACUUGCAGGUAUCAUUGGCAAAAUCUUCCCCACCGUGCCGACAAAACGUGUCUUUGCCAUUUCUUGCAAUGAAGCACAACGCUCGCCUUUGUCGACCGCCAGCUCAGCUGAUCCAGGGAAUCUACAAAGAUUUUUACGUGGUUUAAUUUCGACCUUUGAGCAGAUUGCAUCACCGCUAGGCAUGGAGGGAGAAGGAAGUGAGCAGUAUGAUAUAUCUUAUUGGGAAGAUUCACUGGGCGUCACACAUCGACAAAGCUCGAAUCUACAAAGAUGUCUUGACCAUCUGGACGACUUUCUAUUCCAGACCUCUCCCGGCCCUGCGUCCGACGCCUCCUCCCUUCCUCCCUUCCUACUCAGCGAAUUUCCCUCCGUGGAUGGUGAAAUCGAUAUCGUUACGGCAGCGGAGCACCUGCGCUUCGCAGCCGACACGCUAUCCAAGAUAACCGGUAAAGGUGAGAGUGGCGAUGUUGAAGACGUGCUGGGCGUGGUAUUUGAGAAGUUUUGUGUUGGCAAAUAG